CAGGCUUGGAAAAGUGAUUUUUCUAAUAAGUGAACUUAUAUUCUUCUUUUUCGCAUAGUUCAACAUUUAUUCUUUACCAUAGUAUAUCUUAUGAAUGAACAUCUUUAUGAAUAAUGAAUUUAAAAUCCAAUGUUGAUAUUAACUACAAUAAUACUGACGACGAUAACAAGUCAAAGUUUUUAGAAACUAUGAAAUCUAUUAUAAAGAAAGAUGAUGCAGACCAGUUAUUGAAUAUACUAACAGAUCGUAGAUGGGAUAUUAAUACAACUAAUAUAAGUACUAAUGAGGAAGAUAAAAUUAAUCCUAUGGAAAAACAGUCUCAUUCCAGUCAUAUACUCUUAAAAAAUGAAGAUAAAGCAAACUUACUACAUCUUGCAGUUGUAUACAAUGCUUCAGCUUGUGUUGAGGUUCUGGUCAAUCCACCAUAUAUGUGGAGUUCGUAUUUUGAGAAUACAAAUGGUGAGACAACUAUGAAAUUGGCAGAGCAACAUUGUUGUUUGAAAUUGCAGUAUUCAAUAGCAGCAAAGUUAUCAAAAUAUGCAAUCGACUCUGAAGAGUUUUCACAUCGUUCACUUUCAGCACUUUUACUUUAUCCUCAAGCUUUUAUUGAACAACCAUUUUCUUUCGAUGAGCUUUUUACAUGGAAUAGGCAUGGUGUAAUGCCCGGUAGUGCAGUUGAACACCUAAACAAUGGUAUCAACAAUCAGAGUUGUUCAUUUCGUAAUUUCUCCCUUCUUUUUGAGUUAACUGUUGCAACACCGGAGAUCUGUCCCACAAUAUAUUUUGAUAGUAAUGAAAUACGUGAUUUCCUAAACGAUAUAAAGGAGUUUUAUCAAUCUAGUAAUAAACUACUAUAUCGUGAGCAUUAUUACGCCGCAGAACAUCACUUUUCAACUAUAUUCUCUGAGCAUAUGAGAGUCACACAUAAAUGGGAUGAAAUAUGGAAUAAACUAUUUUAUACAUGGUUAUUUAAUCGUACAGUGAUGCAAGGUAAUCGAAGCACUAAUUUAGAUGACAUUAGCACUUUCAUGUACAUUAAACAGCCUUUUGAAUUACAGGCCAUUUGCCGUAUUACUUUGAGAAGACUUGCAGUAGAACAAAAAGGGGUCAAUUAUGCCUAUUUUGUUGAGCAUUUGGAUCUACCGAUACAUCUCAAAAACUAUCUAUUUUAUAGUGACUACUGGUCAUUUUGAAAAUUCUAUGGAAAAAACAAGCUUACUAUAUUGACCAAUAUGCAAUGCAGGACUAGCAGUUAGAUAUUUGAACAUUGUACAGGUUACAUAUAUUUGUAUAUUCAGUAUAAAUUAAAUACUUUGCUUUGUGUAUACAUGUUUCUACAGUGCUAUUUUAAAACAAAUUAAUGGAUGAAUGUUACAUCUUAUUCAGUGAUACUUAGUUAAUGAACUGUUACUAUUCCCAGUAGCUGGAAAAAUAUACUUUUAUAACCUCAACGAUCUGUCAUAUAAAAUCAUGUGGACAAUAAUGCUGGGGCAUAAAUGUACAAUGUUUUCUUUAUUUAUAGACUUCUGAAAGUCAUUGUAGCCAUCUUAAUUCAAAUCAAGUUUUGAAAUCAUUAAAGAAAUAGUGAAAAGUGGGAGCACUAAAAAGGUCUUGCAUCUUGACAAUAAACUGCCUAGUCAGCAUCUAAUGGAUAAGACUUCCAGGUUUAAGCUUUUUCCGACAAAUCACUAAUAGUGUACAGUGCUAUCAGGAGACCUCGUCAUUGAGGUUGUUAGUCAACCAACCUGAAGUUGCAUUUGUUGGAGAGUUUUCGUGAAAUCAAUCGAUACCUUGUUAGCUUUUCAGUCAAAACCCGGAAUUCAUCGAGUCAUUGCUGUGACUUCUGAGUUUCACUUGAGUAACCCCUUUCUAACUGAUGAAAUAAUCUAAUUGAAAUGCUUAUUCACCUCCGACUGUCAUGUUUUUAUUCCAUUACCACCUUUUAUGUAAAAAAUUCGGUCGAAAACUUCACGUCGUUUAAAAGCGCUUAAAGAUUAAAGAAAAUACCUCCUUACAAAAUUCAAUGCUAAUGAUGAUGUGCGACAUUCUAUGAUGCGAAAUAACCCAACUGUACAGUUCUAUAAUCAUUUUGGAUGAAUCAUUUAAUAACUUGUGUGUAAAAAGUAAGCUCUAAAUUAAUCAUUAAAAGAAGAUUAUAUUAUGUAAACAAAAUGAUUUCGAGUAAAUGGCCAGAAGUAGUACAAUACUGUUUCAACAGGUCGCUAGGUUAGAAAAGUGUCAGGAGUCGGGGCGUGAAAUUCAUAGCUCUUGCACCACGAUGAGCCGUAACUUUACUUACAAAAUUGUGCAAUGAAACCAACUACCUUAUAUGAAUAUAUUUUUUAAUCAACCAUGCUAACGUGAUGGCACCUUAAAAUGUAAACAAACUAAUCAUUGUAGUCGAUGGAAAUUAUUACAAUUACCAGGACUGACCAUCAUUCCAAGUUCACCGAUGAUAAUAUGAGCAAUAUAAUAGUCUUACUAACAAUUAUCA